GUACCGUAGGAAAACGUCGUGUGUGGACCACACUGUCAACAAUAUACAAUUGGGGCCACCGAAUGCCGGCAAAAACCAAUUUACUACUCCCUUAGGACUUAUAUAUAUUGUGUAUUUUUUUAUUUUAUAUUGUAAAAGUUUCGGUUACGGGAUAUUUCAUUCAGGUUAUUUUGGAGCGCACCACCCUGACAGUCACCAAUGGCAGUCGCAGUGCCCAAACUCUCCAGCGGUGCUGUUGUCAAAAUCCGCUACAACAGCAUAGAUGUGGGCACCACUCGAUGGAAAGAGGGGACUUUUGAGGUUCUUGAGAAGGAUAACAAAGUCAACCUGUGGCUGAAGUUUAGUGCCGGUGGUGCAGCCAAAAGUUUCCAGCUCAACCAUAAUGUGAAUAAUGUCGUGAUGCAGCCCAUACACACUAUGAGACGAAUUGUGGUGACUCUGAAGGAUGACAGCAUAGUCACCCUUGAGAGAGUUCCCCCGGUUGUGGCUGAGAAAAUGAAAGAAUACCUUGAAAAGCUGAAACAUGGAAAAUCAACCGUUCUAAAGACCUCCCAGGGAAGUGCCAGCUUUGGUGUGCUCGGGAAUCGAUCCGUGAAGAAUGAGACUAGUCCGCCUGGAGAACGACAGACAACACCCAGGCGACCCAUUGUGGACAACCGGGAGGAGACGACGACCCGCAAGCACCUGGGUAGCCCCAGCAGAGUGACCUCCACACCUGCCCGCAGUGGGCUGUCUGAGAACAGGAAUGAGAAGAGGAAGAGACUCCACAUCUUUGACUGUGACCUGACUGAGGACUACCCCAAGGAGAAUGACUCAUCCAGCAACAACAAGGCCACGCCGGACCCCUCCAGGAAAUUUCUGCUGAGCUGCAAAGACAAGCUGAAACAGGCGGAGGAGAACCGUAGCUCAGUUUCACUGGUCCAGUCGCCAUUUCAGCCCACGUCAUUCUACGGCAGCCGAUCGGCGACCAAAGACUACGCGAGUCACUCCUUUCUAGACAGGCCAUCCACUACAUCCCAGACCCCCUCGGCUAAGAGAAGUCUCAUGUUACCCAAUCACUCAACCCCCUUAAAGAAAGUGCGCCCCACUCUGGACUACGGUGGCUGGAACAAGCCGAGACCGUCCACUCUGGCCCAGCCCCAGCCUCCACUGCAAGGAUUCUCCAACCUGGGCAACACGUGUUACAUGAACGCCAUCCUCCAGUCUCUUUUCAGCCUGCCAUCAUUCUCCAAUGAUUUGCUGAAGCAGGGAAUCCCAUGGAAGAAGGUCCCAGCCAACGCCCUGCUCAGACGCUUUGCCCACUUGCUGGCCAAGAAGGACAUCUCGUGCCCCGAGGUGAAAAAAGACUUGCUGAGGAGAGUGAAGAGUGCCAUCUCCUCCACCGCCGAGCGCUUCUCCGGAUACAUGCAGAACGAUGCCCAUGAGUUUCUGAGCCAGUGCCUGGACCAGCUGAAGGAGGACGUGGAGAAAGUGAACAAGAGCUGGAAAAGCGAGUCGCCAGCGGCCGCGUGGGAUGAGCCUCCCCAGCAGGCGGCCGCAGCCCGGCCCGGGGAGGAAGUGGACACCUCGCGCAUCUACACCUGCCCUGUGGUGGUUAACAUGGAGUUCGAGGUGCAGCACACCAUCACCUGCAAAGACUGUGGCGAGGUGGUGAACAAGCGGGAGCAGUUCAAUGACCUGUCCAUUGACCUGCCUCGCAGGAAGAAGACCAUCCCUCUCCGGUCCAUCCAGGACUCUCUGGACCUCUUCUUCAGGAUCGAGGAAAUCGAGUAUUCCUGUGAGAAGUGCAGCGGGAAGGUGGCGACGGUGACUCAUAAAUUCAGCCGACUCCCCAGAGUUCUGAUUCUGCACCUGAAGCGCUACAGCUUCAACGCCCAGCUGUCACUGAACAGUAAGCUAGGCCAGCAGGUGAUGAUCCCCCGCUACCUCACGCUGCUGUCCCACUGCACGGACGCCACGCGCCCCCCCCUCAGUCUCGGCUGGAGCGCAAACGCCGCCAUGCCACGAACACUGAAGGCCUCCCAGUCGGUGAACUCCUCCUCACUACUUCGGAAAGUGUCUCUGAAGGCGGGGGGCAGCUCCAGCACUGUGCUGGUGGACUCUGACAGCGAGGAGGAGCUGAGCCGGAAGGUGGUGAGCCGCAAGCGCCGCCUCAGCGACUGUCUGCCCGAUGACAGAGCAGAUGAGGUCCAGCGGGCUGUCCACCACCCAGAUGCGUCAGACUUCAACAGCAUCAGCGAUGAGGAAAUGCUGGCGGCGGUGCUGGAGAUGAGUCGCCACGACGCUGGGCUCUCCUGCCAUGCCCCUGAGGACGAGCCAACCAGCAGCCCUGACACGGGCUUCGGCGACGCCGACGCCCAGGAGAUGAACUACCGCCCAGACCUGCUGGAGACGGACACUAAGCCGUCUGCAGACGUGCUGGACUCCCUGGACCUGACCAUGGACGAAAACAAGGAGAACCAGACCCCCGAGGGGGUGCAGGGGGAUCUGGACUGGGUGCAGCAGUAUGGCCUGGAGCAGGAGAGGGAGGAGCAGGAGCUGCAGCUAGCCCUGGCCCAGAGCCUGCAGGAGCAUGAAGCCCAAGAGAUGAGGGAGGACGACGACCUGAAGAAAGCCACAGAGCUCAGCCUGCAAGAGUUCAACAAUUUGUUGCCGGAGCUGCUGUGUUCAGACGAGGACUCUGGGAACGAGGAGGUGCUGGAUAUGGAGUACAGCGAAGCAGAGACCGAGGAUCUGAAGAGAAAUGCUGAGAGCGGAGACUUGGCCAACUCGUUUCGGCUGAUCAGUGUAGUCAGUCACAUCGGGAGCAGCUCCUCCUCUGGCCAUUACAUCAGCGACGUGUACGACAUGAAGAAGCAGUCGUGGCUGACCUACAACGACCUGGAUGUGUCGCGCACGCAAGAGGCCUCGGUGCAGAGAGACCGCGACCGCAGCGGAUACAUCUUUUUCUACAUGCACAAGGAUGUGUUUGAGGAGCUGUCUGAGUUAGAAAGGACAGGGGCCAGUGGAGGAGCCUCUGAGGCAGGGAGGACUGUCCUGCAGCCCCUCUGAGCCACCAGUCUGUCAUCAGUCACACACCAACCACCACGCACUGAGCUCUCCCCAACAGAUGGGUCGGGUUUGGGAUGAAGGAGAACCUUUCUCCAGUACUACUGAUCACCGUCCACAUUUUUGUCUUGAGGCGCUUUGUCCUUUUUUAAAACAAAACAACAGGCCAUGGUAGCUUCUGUCGUGAAGGCAGGCUCAGAUGUCAGCACACACAGCCAACGUCCUUCUCUACAGGUCUGUUCAGAAAUGAGAGGCAGCGCUCUCAAAAGAAAAGAGCUGACUGUUCUUUGUUUAUUAAACCCUGAGAGAUAUUAGCCCUGAACUUUUCAAACUUAUUUAUUUAAUUUUCUAUGAUUUGUUGUAAUACAGUUUUUCUUGGCACACAUGAUAUUAACUGUCAUGCGUUUAAGAAAUUAAAUAGUAAGUGUCAGAUGCUUGAUGCUGGUGCUCCUUUGAUUGUAUGGUUUUUACUUUUUAUUUCCAAUAUAAUUUAAAAUGUAUUCUAAAUUAUAGUUUAGGGUAAGGGGGGUGUACUUUUUUGUUCUAUACAGUGCAUUUGGAAAGUAUUGACACCUUGAUUUUUCCACAUUUUGCUACAGCCUUAUUCUAAAAUGAAUUCAAUUGUUUUUUUCCCUCAUCAAU